AUGUCUACUUAUCCUGGUGUAUCUAGUGGAUCCAAUGAAACGUACAAACCUUAUGAGGAUGCGGCAGUUAAUGAGCAACGAAAAAUAGCAGCAUCUUUAGGUCCUUGUCCAAAAGGUGGGAAUCACGAAUUAAGGCUAAAUUACACAAGUGGCACAUUAUUUUGGGCAUUUUGUUUAGGUUUACCAAGGUUUUGCGGAUAUGCAAAGAAAAAAACUGUUUGCACAAAAUGUAAUCAAGAAUUUAAAGGGGUGUCAAUUCCUGAAGCUGGAACUAUGAAAUAA